AUGAAAGCUUUUGAAGGAGGAAAUACAUCAUCCAUUGCUGUAUUAUGCAGCAUGAGGAAGCCACAGGGUCGAAGGGCGCGGAACCAAUCUGUACUUCCAACCCUUUGUGUCAGUGAUGGAUCGAUAUCCAACCCUUAUCGGCACUCCAAAACUUUAAGAAUUGCGACCUGGGUAUACGCUGUUGUUAUCAUUACCUUUCUGAUCGCCAUAGUUUUCUUGCAUCAGCAGGUAGAAAGCUUGGAAGCGCCAGCUUUUGGCUUCCAUCGUGCCUUGACUGCAAAAGUAUUUGGCAAGACUGGCAAGAUUGAACGUAUUUUUGCCCCCUCGAACAUUGUAUUUCAGCGCAUUCCAGCUACAGGAGUGAGAGCUUUCUCUCUUCCAAAAGGAAUAUUGACAGACGAUCCACAUGUGGAGGACUAUGGCGACUUGACUAUUAAUUUGCUCGCCGAUGAUAAAGAAGGAAGACAGAUUUUUCGCGACAGGAAGCUUGAGGGAACGGAUUAUCGGCCGCCCGAUGCAGAUAGAGAUGAUGACCAGGAACUGUAUUACGACUUUGAUGAUGACAUAAAUCGAGGAAUUCAUGCAGAUUCUACGAAGCACUGCCGGCGGAUGUCAGAGCAUCGAUUCAAUUUCCAAAACUGCAACAGGUUCCAUGAGCAAAGCCUUUUAGAGCAGAACGUCAAGUUCCUUGCAAAUGGUGGGUGGCGUCAGGUGUUUGCUUUAGAUCACGACUUCGACAAUGACGUCCAGAAGAUUGCCCUCAAAGAUAUAAUAUACAGCAAAGACGAUACUUCAGAUACGGAGACUUAUGAAACUGUUCGGAUGGAUGCACUAGUAGCCGAACGACUAUCUGCGAAUCCACGAACCUAUGACAUAUACGGCUAUUGUGGCUAUGGGAUCCUAUCAGAGUACUUUUAUCACGGCGAUGUCGAAGAGGUAGCCUACGAAGACGAUGGAUGGGUGGAUGAAGACCUCAGUAAGACAGACGUAUUUGAAGUCCAUUCCAAACUGACUGGGAAGCAGAAACUAGUAUUAGCACUAGAAAUGGCAGAGGGAAUAGCCUUGUUGCAUGGAUUCAGUAACGGCGUUAUCGUACAUGACGACGUGCAAAUGUCUCAGUUUCUGUUGACCAAGGACAGAACCAUGCUCAAGAUCAACGAUUUUAAUCGAGCCGAGUUCAUGUUGUAUGAUGAUACUGAAGGGGAAUAUUGUAGAUAUACCAAUGGCGUUGGUCAUGGCAAUUGGCGGUCCCCUGAAGAGUACAAGGAUGAGCACAUAAACGAGAAGAUCGAUGUGUGGUCCCUAGGCAAUAACUUUUACAGCCUGCUAUCAGGGAUGUACGUCUUUCCAUGGAUGGAGGUGAAAGAAACAAAGAAAGCAAUCAAGGCUGGCAACAUAACCUAUAUUGACCCGCGGUUCUCAGAACGCAGCAAAGAAGAGGCGAGGCUCGUCGAGGUUAUCAAACAAUGCUUUAUCUAUGAUGCAGACGAACGACCCUCCAUAUUCAAAGUGGUGGAACUCUUGAAAGAUGCGGUAUCAGAAAGCUUGGGCGAUGAGUUGUCGAGAGAGGAAGUUCUAAAGAAUCUGCCAGUGUAG